ACUGCAGCACUUGAAGGCAUGAUAUAGUAUGAACCAAGAUAAUUAGUGUUUGUUGCUAUUGUUGUUAAAGACGACAAUUAGUGUGAGGUUGUUAGUGAAGUUCUCCGUGACUGAGGCCGCCUUGGACGGGCUCCAGUAAACAUCAACACCAGGACAGCGCCGCCGGUGCUCCCCCAAGCAAGUGAAUAUGGCACUCAAGGCCUUAAUGCCAAGUAUCCGGCAUAUUAAGCUUAAUCUUCGUUCACAGCAGUAUCGUGCUUUUCUGUCUGCUGCUUACCGUUGUGAUGAAGUGUGGAACCAACGUCUGCAACAUCCUCUUAUCACUUGCAUAAAUGUCGGUGAUUAUUUUUAUGACCUGGACCGCAAGUAUAAGCUCGAAGGCAAAGUGAGCGCUAUUGAUGUAGACCUGUUUGUAAACAAGAUAGAAAGCUCAAAUGCAGAAGAAUUUGUUGAGGAAAUUGAAGACUUAGUUCACCGCCUUCGUCGUUCACCAGAAACAGUGAGAAUGCUGCCAUCAACGCCUCAUGCAGUGCUGCGUGUCCUGCUGGAAGCGGGUUGCACCCAAACUCUUCUCAAGAUGCUCUCAGAUCCUCUCAAUUAUGGCAUAUUUCCAGAUCAUUAUACAUCUAACCUUCUCAUGGAUACUUUCUUGGAGCAAAAGAACUACACAGCUGCAGCUCGAGUGGCAUCAGUGAAUAUGCUGCAAGAAGAUUUUGGUCCUUUAUUAACCAAGACAUUGACUUUGGCUUCAUGUUUCUUGUAUGCUACCUCAGAUGACAACCAACCCUGGGAGGACUACACUCCGCAGGUAGAGGAACCCAAGGAGGAGGUUAAAAUCCGUGUGCGUUACCUCCGCAACCCAUAUUUUGACGAUCACUUUGAUUUGAAAGAACCAGACCACAUUGUAGGCAAGACAUUAGCCUGGGUGUCACCUCUGAUUGGUGGAGCAGUUGGUGUUAGCUGUGAGGUUUUGGGCUGGGCACUUUACAACAAGUGGACACAAUUGGAAGCUUCACUAAAUCGUGCAAGUGAAGGAACAGAGUCGGUAGCUGCCUCUGUGAUCAGUCGGGUAAAAAAAAUUAGUGAAGCUUGCAAUGAUGCCGAGACGAAAGAAAGAAUCAUGGCCGUCAUCUCACGACUCGAGGCCAGCGAGUCCAAGGUGGCUGAGCUUGACCUGGGAUCGCUGAUGGUUGAUAUGAUAAAGAAAGCUGCUGUAGUGACUGAGCCAAAUGAUAUACAAUCUCAGAAAGAUACCUACAUUUCUUGGGGAAAAACAAGAGAAAAUGAAUUCCAAAUCCAAAUGGAGGAGUACAAGAAGCGUCAGCUGUUGGCCGAGAUAGAGAAGAAGAAGAAAGACUUGGCUGACCGGGAGGAGGUUAUUUUCUUCUUUGACAACAAGGAGAAAUUAGAAAUGCUGUUAACCGAGAAGAAAGAAAAGUACCACCAGAAAAAGAUGCCACAUAAAGGAAAACAAUCCAAGGAUGAAGAUGAGGGAUACAUUCCUCCUGAAGUUAUUCGACGUUGAUAUUAUAAAGAUGUUAUCUAGUAAAACAGCAUUCCCCAAGCAAACACAAAAAUACUACCACUGUUAUAAUACAUUUGUAAUGCAUUAGAAAAUGUCAAAUUGUUAUCGAUCAUUUGCUUGAGGUGGCUUCAGAAUUCAAUUAAAUUUUGUAUUAUA